GGCGGUUUUCAUCCACCCCCUCAAAGAGGCGAGGCUAGAGUUGCUCCAGACCUGGAGAAUCCUUCCACACACACCCAUCACCAGUGUAAAAUAAGCGAGCAGCGAAAAGCGACAAAAAAACGUGCUUGCUUCUGAGCUGCUCACACGAUCCACAAACUUGCAACUCGCAUCUUGCGUGCACAGCUCAGUCAGGUUCAGGAGCCGAAGUCCAACAUGGACUGGACAAAGCUUCCCACCGCUCAUGUCGAGUCUAUGCUGGCGCCAAGCUAGUCUAGUCACGCAAACACAGUACCACGAGCGUGAGCGACUGGUCGUCCGGUUCUCUACCAACGCGGUGUGAGUUGUUUCGUGAUACGCAAGGGACUUGUCAUUUCUGAGAACGGGCCUCAUCUAUAUGCGCACACUAGAGUGGAGGACAAGUCUCGCCAUUGAAUAACAAAGUGACCGGUCAAACUAACACUCUCCCCGGCUGACAUGGAUGUUUUCUUGCCUUUCUCGGAUACUCCACCUGGCAAAUCACUUAGCAAUUUUUUUUGGUUUCUACCUCUCCUCUUUUUUUGCUUUGUUCCUGAAUUGCUCUUUAACUCAAAAGAAUUUCACGAUGCAUGUCUACCGAAGUACCGCCAGACCCAGACCUAGAUCCUGGUCUCUCCCACCCCAUUCCGCGGCGGAUACCAAGCAGUACUCCGAGAACGGCUCCGCUAGUUUCUAGAACGCCAAAAAAAAUUACGGGGACCUUGAUGAGAGCUCACGAUGCCAUCGUCCCCGUGGGUAACAAAAAAGCAUGGAUGCCAUGCGGUCGAGGUGUUGGGAAGCGUCUGAUGGUAUAAAUAGGUCUUGAUCCCGCGUCACAGGAGAUUGGUUUGAACCUUUGUAUGAAACAAGCACUUUUACAUCAUCUAAUCUUCAUCCGUUAAGGGUCUUGCCCAUCAUUAUAAAAAGGACUCGAGUUGGUGUACUCUGAGUGCAUUCAAUCUCCCCUUCUUAUCCACCAGAAAAAUGACUUCGCCAAGCAAGAAGGAUGACACAGCCGUUGUGGUCGUUGUCUCAGUCCCGGAGGACGCCACAGCUGGCCAUGAAACAAACAACCCAUACCCUUCGCACACUAUCAGCACCACAAGCACCCCGUUUGCUUCAACCGCAAAGCUUCCCUUGGCAGCUCCGUCAUGCCCAGAUGGAGGCGUUGUGGCCUGGGCCCAGGUCCUCGCCAGCUUUCUCAUGAACGCUGUUGGAUGGGGCUAUCCCGCAACCUUCGGCAUGUACCAGUUGCACUACGUCAGCAACAUGGGCCUGCCAGAAAGCCAGAUCGCCUGGGUUGGUAGCGUGCAAACCUUCCUGGCCUACGCGCUUUGCGUUGUCGCGGGCAGGCUCGCGGACGCUGGGUACAUUCGGUCGACGGUCUCGGUGGGCUCUGUGUUCGUGGUGGUCGGCACUCUGGCUACAAGCUGGGCGGCCGAGUACUGGCAGAUCCUGCUGGCUCAGGGUCUUUGCACUGGCUUGGGACUCGGUCUGAUCACAACCCCGACGUUGACGGUUGUCAACUCUUACUUUGACAGCAAUCGGUCUGUGGCCGUGGCUUCAGCAACAGCUGGCACCGGUGUAGGAAGCAUCGUCUUUCCCGCCGUGGUCCAGCUCCUCAUCCCUCAAGUGGGCUUUGCCUGGGCUGUCCGAUGCUCUGCACUGGUGACCCUAGUCUUCUGCUCCGUCGGCGUCGUUCUCCUCAAACCUCGCGAGCAGCCCCAAGCAGACCAUGGCGCCGACGCAGCUACAGAUGAGAAGUCAUCCUUGGGGCUCAUCGACAUGGGGGCACUGCGCGAGCGAGCCUUUCUGUGCCUUGCCGCCAGCUCUUUUCUGUUCUUCAUUGCCUUGUAUUUUGGCUUCUUUUAUUUGACCGUAAUUGCCCAGCAAGUUGCACACAUGUCUCCCACCACAUGCGUGACCCUUCUCAUGAUCAACUCGGCCGUAGGCAUUCCCAUCCGCCCCCUGUCCGGAAUGAUCGCAGACCGCUUCCCCCGCGUCCUCGGGCCCGUAAAAAUGUUUGCCAUCACGGUGCUCCUCGUCGGCGCUGCGAUGCUGGCCUGGAUCGCCGCCCGAUCGUCGGCAGACAUGUACAUCUUCGCCGUCGGCUUCGGAAUCGUCAACGGCGCCUCCCAGAGCAUAUGGCCGGGUGCGCUGAUCAGCAUCACCCCGGACCCCAAGAGGCUCGGCGUUCGCUACGGCAUGCUCUGCGUCUUUGUCGCCGUGGCCACACUCGUGGGACCGCCCAUCGCCGCGAUGAUCGUCGACGCCGCCGCCCGCGGUGGCGGCAACGGCUUCAUGGCUGCGCAGGCGUGGGCCGGUGCUCUAGCUCUCGUUUCUGGAGUCCUUGCGUUCGGGGCUAGGCCCAGCCCCCUUUCCAAGUCUGAGAUUGACGAGAAGGUUUAAUUGGGUGCGCAUCUGAUAUACAAUAUUUAAUUUCUAUUUAAAAGCAAAACAGCCUUGGGGGGUUGAAGGCUUCGGGGCGGGUUCAACA